AUGCUUGAGCGUUCUGUGAUCGAACUCGUUUGCGCUCGACUGUCUGGAAGGAACGCAACGCACGACAUUGAAAAUGCAUCACCACCUCGGAUUCUGAAUCAACAUUCUAAUACGCAUUUCUUCCGCAGGGGUCGCCACCUGAGCUACCAGCGUGGCAAGCACAACCUGAACCCCAACACCAGCUUGGUCCAGAUCGAGGGUGUCACCGACCCCAAGGCUGCCAGCUUCUACUUGGGCAAGAAGGUCGCUUUCGUUUACCGGGCCAAGCGUGAGGUCCGCGGCUCCAACAUUCGUGUGAUCUGGGGCAAGGUCACCCGCCCUCACGGCAACUCCGGUGUUGUGCGCGCCAAGUUCCGCCACAACCUCCCCCCCAAGUCCUUCGGUGCCACCGUCCGCGUCAUGCUCUACCCCUCCAACAUCUAA